CCCAAUUUUGGUUUUCCAAAUCCAAGCAAGACUGGGAAAAACUAACGCUGUCAACGAACCAGGCCCUUAUAUAUAUAAAUCAAUCAAUAUCUGAUCAUCCAAUCUUCACCCUUUCAAGCAUUUACCAAUCCAAUUCUUCUUCCCCUUAAAACCCAUUUUUGUAUUUUUUUUCCUUGGGUAACGAAAUUCCAUUUCCCAGGGGAACAAGAAAAACAACAAUGGCGGUGGUGGGUAGUGUUGGUUGUGGUGGAAACGUUUGUCUUCAACGCCAUGAAUGUUCCAAUCUUUUCAGCUUGCAUAACCCAAAUGCACGUCCAUGUUCUUUCAUGUUUUCAAAUCCACAUUCGUUGAAACCAAGGAUGUCGUCCAAGAUCUUGGCUUCAUUCUCGUCGUUGUCGUCGUCUAAGGUAAGUCUUCAACCAUUGCUGAAACAAGAAGAAAAGAAACGGAACGAAUUGUCGUACGAGAAAAUAGACGAGUGGAUGAGAGAUUCAGUGGUUGAAAUCGUCAAGAGGUUGCCAGAAUCGCCGCUUUUGGUCCAGGUGUACUCCAAUGACAACACGACGAAGACAAGGACGGAAAAAGCGGAGGAAGACAAAUGGGUUUUGGUGAAACAAAAGUGGGAAACAGGUGAGACACCAAUGCCUGAUGGGGUGAUUUUUGUUGAACAAAUACAAGAAGAAGAAGAAGGCAAAAAGGGUGAUGAAAAAGAGAAAAAUGAGGAGGUUUCUAGGGCAUGGGGGAUUGUGGUUCAGGGCAAAGGUGAAGAAGGGAGUGGAUCACCUCAAGCUUGUUAUUUGUUGAAGACUAGUAAAGUGGGUUCAGGGUUUGGGUUAAGGUGCACCCAUUUUUGUUUGGUGAAGGUUAAGAGUUUCAGGGAAACUGCUUUCUCACAGCUCAAGAAUUGUUGGCUGUUGCAGGGGAAUUGAACAAAAACAAAAGGUUGAUUCUUUUUUUUUUUUUUAAUAUUUUUAUUGUUAAUAAGCCUUGAGCAAUGCCUUUGAAUUUGUAGGCUGGGGGUCCUCUUGAUUAAAGUCAAACUGGAAAAUUGAUGUACAAAAUUAUUAUAGGAAUUAAGAGUUCGAAUGAUUUCAACAUCAGUUUCUGUUUGCAACUUUUGUAAAUGGAAUAGAGAUAUGUGAAACAGAGCUAGGGCAUGCGACUAAAAGAAUCCAGGAUUGGUUGGUGCAUCA